AUGAACAUCAAGGCCGUCCUUGUGCUCCUAGCACUGUCCCUCAUCGCCGUCUGUACCCUGGCCUAUGUGCUGCUGACCAGCCGAGGUGGUUCCAGCCAGUUUCCCCGCUGCCCUUCCGCACCCCCCACUGCCCAUCCCUGGACACAGGGUGAUCAGAGCCAGCUGUUUGCAGACCUGAGCCGGGAAGAACUGACUGCUGUGAUGCGCUUCCUGAGCCAGCAGCUGGGACCCAGGCUGGUGGAUGCAGCUCAGGCCCGGCCCUCAGACAACUGCGUCUUCUCCGUGGAGCUGCAGCUGCCCCCCAAGGCAGCAGCCCUAGCUCACCUGGACAGGGGCCACCCCCCGCCUGCCAGGGAAGCCCUGGCCAUCGUCUUGUUUGGUGGACAAGCCCAGCCCAAUGUGAGUGAGCUGGUGGUGGGGCCACUGCCCCGCCCAUCCUACCUGCGGGAUGUGACCGUGGAGCGCCACGGGGGCCCCCUGCCCUACCACCGACGGCCCAUGCUGGCCGCUGAGUACGCCCAGAUGUGGAGGCAUCUGAACGAGGUGGAGUUCCGCAAGGCACCGGUCUUCCUGGCUUCUGUCCUCAACUAUAACGGCUCCACUUUGUCAUCCUUGCACGCCACCCCCCGUGGCUUACGCUCAGGGGACCGUGCCACCUGGAUGGGCCUCUUCCAUAACAUCUCAGGUGCUGGCAUUUUCCUGCACCCUGUCGGGCUGGAGCUGCUGUUGGACCACAGGGCCCUGGACCCCGCCCACUGGGCGGUGCAGCAGGUCUUCUACCUUGGACAGUACUAUGCGGACUUGGGCCACUUAGAACGGGAGUUCACGGCUGGCCGGCUGGAAGUAGUUAGAGUUCCCCUGCCCUCACCAAACGGUGCUUCCUCCCUGAGGUCCCGGGCCUCCCCAAGUCGUCUGCCUCCACUCCCACUCACACUGCAGGGCCCCCAGUACAGCGUGCAAGAGAACCUGGUGGUCUCCUCGCUCUGGUCAUUUUCCUUUGGCCAUGGGGUGUACAGUGGCUUGAGGCUUUUUGACAUUCGGUUCAAAGGUGAGCGAGUGGCCUAUGAGGUCAGUGUCCAAGAGUGCCUAUCUGUCUAUGGUGGAGAGUCACCAAAGACCAUGCUGACCCGGUACUUGGACAGCAGCUACGGGCUUGGCCGUAACAGCCAGGGCUUGGUACGGGGUGUGGAUUGCCCCUAUCAGGCCACAAUGGUGGACGUCCACAUCCUAGUAGGCAAAGGGACAGUCCAGUUGCUCCCCGGUGCCGUGUGUGUGUUUGAGGAGGCCCCGGGACUGCCCCUUCGCAGACACCACAAUCGGCUUGGGAGUCGCUUCUAUGGCGGUUUGGCCGGCUCAGCCCUUGUGGUCAGGUCUGUCUCAUCGGUGGGAAACUAUGACUACAUUUGGGAGUUUGUGUUGCACCCCACUGGGGCGGUGGAAGGGCGGGUUCAUGCCACAGGCUACAUCAACACAGCUUUCCUGAGCGGGGCCGAAGGGAGCCUCCUCUUUGGGAACCGCGUGAAGGAGCAUGUGCUGGGGACUGUGCACACCCACGCCUUCCACUUCAAGCUGGACCUGGAUGUGGCAGGGCUGGAAAACUGGGUAGUAGCCGAAGACGUGGUGUUCAAGCCUAUGGCAGCCCCCUGGAGCCCGGAGCACCAGCUGUAUCGCCCACAGCUGACCCGGCAGGUCCUGGAAAGGGAGGGCUUGGCCGCCUUCGCCUUGGGAAGCCGCCUUCCCCGUUACCUUUACCUGGCCAGCAAUCGGACCAAUGCCUGGGGUCACCAGCGUGGGUACCGAAUCCAGGUCCACAGCCCCCUCGGCAUACACAUGCCCCCGGAGAGUGCCAUGGAGAGGGCCCUCAGCUGGGGAAGAUACCAGCUAGCGGUGACGCGGAGGAAGGAAGAGGAGUCACACAGCAGCAGCAUCUACCACCAGAAUGACAUCUGGACACCCACAGUGGCCUUUGCCGACUUCAUCAACAACGAGACCCUCUUAGGAGAGGAUCUGGUGGCCUGGGUUACAGCCAGCUUCCUGCACAUCCCCCACGCAGAGGAUGUCCCCAACACCGUGACGGUGGGGAACGGUGUCGGCUUCUUGCUCCGACCCUACAACUUCUUUGAUGAGGACCCCUCCAUCUUCUCCCCGGGAAGUGUCUACUUUGAGAAGGGCCAGGAUGCUGGGCUCUGCAGUGUCAACCCCGUGGCCUGCGUUCCUCACCUGGCCGCCUGUGCCCCCGAUCUGCCCCCUUUUUCUUACCAAGGCUUCUAGCGCCCAGGCUAGGGUGGGACACGGGGCGCUGAAGCACAAGCACCCUCUUCUAUUGCCACGCCCCCUUUCCCGCCCUCCCUCCUGGACCCUGCUCCUCUGAUACCCACACGCUUCACGGCCAUUUGGAAAUAGCCGCUGGCCGAGUGGCCACCUGUAUUUCUUCAGUUCUCUUGCGCCCCCGUUCACCUUCAUACGUUAAUGACUUAUUUGAAGGAUAUUAAAAUACUCCAGCAAAACUAGCACGCACCCUACCACUCAGAGAUAGCUCGUGUGCACUUUGGGGGAGCCUUGUUUUCAUACACGACCUUUUUUUUAUGGCAGUACAGUCACAUGGAAGAAUGUUUAGUAGCAUGUUGUGAACUGAAUUACAUCGUCUGUGCGAUCUGCAAUAAAAAGAAUAGCAAGGA